UGGUCCCUCUGCCCAAUGCCGUCUGGUCUCCCUUGCCCUGCCCUUGACCGCAGGGGCGCCCGCCGCGUUGCCACGGAAACGCCGGCCAGGCGCGGCGGCGCGCACAGCGCGCUCUCGCCUCUCGGUGGAAGUGGCGGCGGCUCCUGUUCCCGCGCGCCCUGGCGCCCCGGAGCCGCGCUCGUUGGGCUCCCACCCCGGGUCCCCGGUGGCGCGCAAGGCAAGAUGUGGAGGCGCAACCUGGAAGACCGAGAUGCUCAAACAAAACAACUGCAGGAUGCUGUCACAAAUGUGGAGAAGCAUUUUGGAGAGCUUUGCCAAAUCUUUGCUGCUUAUGUACGGAAAACGGCCAGGCUGCGAGACAAAGCCGACCUCCUGGUUAAUGAAAUCAAUGUGUAUGCCUCUACCGAGACCCCAAAUUUAAAGCAGGGUCUGAAAAACUUUGCCGAUGAGUUUGCCAAACUUCAAGAUUACCGCCAAGCAGAGGUUGAAAGGCUUGAAGCCAAAGUAGUUGAACCGUUGAAAGCUUAUGGAACCAUUGUAAAAAUGAAACGGGAUGAUCUCAAAGCAACAUUAACAGCAAGAAAUCGAGAAGCCAAACAGUUAUCUCAGUUAGAAAGGACUCGCCAACGAAACCCAUCCGAUCGACAUGUGAUUUCGCAGGUGGGCAAUAAAAUGGCAGAAACUGAAUUACAGAGAGCCACGAUUGAUGCUACCCGAACAAGUCGUCAUUUGGAGGAAACUAUUGACAAUUUUGAAAAGCAGAAAAUGAAGGACAUAAAGAACAUAUUUUCUGAGUUUAUCACAAUUGAAAUGUUAUUUCAUGGCAAAGCUUUAGAGGUCUUCACUGCUGCAUACCAAAAUAUACAAAAGAUUGAUGAGGAUGAAGAUCUAGAGGUUUUCCGAAAUUCUCUGUAUCUACCAGAUUAUCCAUCUCGUUUAGAUAUUGUAAGAGCAAAUUCAAAGUCACCUCUUCAGAGAUCAGUAUCAGCUAAAUGCACAUCUGGAACUGGACAGAUAACGACCUGUCGAACAAGGAAGGACCAACAACUAGAAGAUGAAGAUGACGAAGAAUUAGAUGUGACAGAAGAUGAAAACUAAUUUUAAGAAAACUUCACAUUUCCAUUUUCAUGUUAAAUGACUUGAAAUCCAGGAUCACUUUAUACUCACUUGACAGGUUCAACUUCAGAAUGAUACACUAUUAUGAAAUGGGGAGGGAGGGAUUAAAGGAAAUUAUGCUCACAAAAAAAAAAAAAUGAUUUUUUUAAUGUUA